UGAGCCACCCAGGCGCCCCGCUUAUAAACAAACAUUACUCAAAACGUGGGAAUUCGUUGCUGUUAUUAUGGAACGUUUGCUGUAGGGUGGACUCGGUUACUAUGCCCGUCAGCCUGCCUGUCUGCUGUGGACUCCCACGUGUGCUCGCAGAGUGCCCUGAGCAUGCAGCCGUGUACUGUUCUGUUUGUGCUGCAGCCCCGAGGGUGGUGAGUUACUGUAGAGUCAUUUGUAGUAAAACUGCUGUCAGCCAGGGUAAGAGAGAUGUAAGCCUUUUUGAAACAGCGGAGUCUUCUGCAUAGUUUUGGGGCUUUGCCCAUUAAGCACCAAAAUCUUCCAUCUAGGAUGGCGGUCUUUCUAAAAUAUGUUAUUUCCCUGCUUAAUAGAAUGUGCAGGAUGUAGUGUAAGCUUUCUUUAAUGGUCUCAUGUAAACAUUUUAAACAGAAUUUGUUAUGAUGUAAAUACUGUAGGACUUGUUGAGGCGGGGACAGCUGUUGCCCUGUUACUUGUUUGGAGUUUUUGUGUCUUUCAGGUUUUCUUAGUUUUCCUGUUAUGUCAGCUCUCAGCAGUUUCUGCUACUGUCGGUACCCACCUGCUGCCUCAGAUGCCCUUUCUGUAUUUUUCUCUACUGUGGACGUAGGAGCUCGGUGUCAGAACUGAGUAGAAAAGCGUCCGUACGUGAUAAAUAAGAGCCUGGAGAGGUGUCAUAUGAAUCCUUUCCAGGAGCUUUCCGGGAGUUCAGUUAUGGGCGUGAGAGGUUUGCAGGGGUUUGUGGUCAGUACCUGCCCCCACGUAUGUACGGUGGUGAGUUUCAAAGAGCUGGCGGAGCACCACCGAAACAAGCACCCUGGAAGUACUCCUACCAUUGUGGUCGAUGCCAUGUGUUGUCUCAGAUACUGGUAUACUCCCGAAUCUUGGAUCUGCGGUGGCCAGUGGCGGGAAUACUUUUCUGCUUUGCGGGAUUUUGUCAAGACUUUUACAGCUGUUGGCAUCAAGUUGGUAUUCUUCUUUGAUGGUAUGGUGGAGCAGGAGAAGAGAGAUGAGUGGGUGAAACGGAGGCUCAAGAACAAUAGGGAGAUCUCCAGGAUUUUCCACUAUAUCAAGUCACACAGGGAGCAGCCAGGCAGAAACAUGUUCUUCAUCCCAUCGGGGCUGGCCAUCUUCACGCGAUUUGCUUUGAAGACCCUGGGUCAGGAAACCCUGUGUUCCUUACAGGAGGCUGAUUAUGAGGUGGCCUCCUACGGCCUCCGGAAUAACUGUCUUGGGAUUCUUGGAGAAGACACUGACUACUUAAUUUAUGACACUUGUCCCUACUUUUCAAUUGGUGACCUCUGCCUGGAGAGUCUUAGUACUGUCAUGCUCUGUAGAGAGAAGCUCUGUGAGAGUCUGGCUAUCAGCCUAGCAGACCUUCCUCUUCUGGCCUGCCUACUUGGCAAUGACAUAAUCCCAGAGGGCAUGUUUGAGAGCUUUCGGUACAAAUGCUUGUCUUCGUAUACCUCUCUCAAGGAGAACUUUGACAAAAAGGGUAACAUUAUUUUAGCUGUAGCAGACCAUAUCGCUAAAGUGCUUCACUUGCAUCAGGGUGAGAAAAAGCUGGAAGAGAUGUUACCUUUGGGACCAAACAAAGCUCUUUUUUAUAAGGGUGUGGCAUCCUAUCUUUUGCCAGGACAGAAAUCUCCGUGGUUUUUCCAAAAACCCAAGGGUUUAAUAACUUUACACAAGCAGGUGGUAUCCAUGAGUUCAGACCCUGAACCCAAGCAAGGAGUUCCCAUGUGUGUGGACCCUGAACCCAAGCAAGGAUUUCCCAUGUGUGCGGACCCUGAACCCAAGCAAGGAGUUCCCAUGUGUGCGGACCCCGAUCCCAAGGACGGAGUUCCCAUGUGUGCGGACCCCGAACCCAAGCAAGGAGUUCCCAUGUGUGCGGACCCCGAACCCAAGCAAGGAGUUCCCAUGUGUGCGGACCCCGAACCCAAGCAAGGAGUUCCCAUGUGUGCGGACCCCGAACCCAAGCAAGGAGUUCCCAUGUGUGCGGACCCCGAACCCAAGCAAGGAGUUCCCAUGUGUGCGGACCCCGAACCCAAGCAAGGAGUUCCCAUGUGUGCGGACCCCGAACCCAAGCAAGGAGUUCCCAUGUGUGCGGACCCCGAACCCAAGCAAGGAGUUCCCAUGUGUGCGGACCCCGAACCCAAGCAAGGAGUUCCCAUGUGUGCGGACCCCGAACCCAAGCAAGGAGUUCCCAUGUGUGUGGACCCUGAACCCAAGGACAGAGUUCCCAUGUGUGCAGACCCUGAACCCAAGCAAGGAGUUCCCAUGUGUGCAGACCCUGAACCCAAGCAAGGAGUUCCCAUGUGUGCGGACCCUGAACCCAAGCAAGGAGUUCCCAUUUGUAUAGAUCCUGAAUCUAGGCAAGGAGUUCCCAUAUAUGCAUACACUGCAGUCAAGCAAAAGUUACCUCUAGGGGCAGAUCCUGAAUUUAAACUGGAAGCACCCAUGUGUAUAGACCCUGCAAUUAAACAAGACCGCAUGCAUAUGGAGCCUGAAGUCAAACAAGUAACUAUGGUUUCAGACCCUGAAAUCUUAAAGGUUGCUAGAGCGCAUCACGUCCAGGCCGAGAGCUACCUGGUGUACAACAUCAUGAGCAGUGGGGAGAUCGAGUGCAGCAACACGCUGGAGGACGCCCUGGACCAGGCCCUGCCCAGCCAGGCCUUCGUCUACCGCCCCGUGCGGCAGCGCGUGUACGCCCUCCUGCUGGGGGACGGCAGAGAUGGUGCCAGCCCCUGCCCCACCGUCAAGGAGUGGUUCGUGUACUCUGGGAACCCGCUGAGGCACCCGGACCUCGUCAGGCCUCUGCAGAUGAACAUUCCAGGGGGCACACCUAAUUUGAAAUCACUGUGGCUGAACCAGGAGCCAGGAGUACAGGGCCGGCGCUUGGACGCCCUCCUCGGCUGUUUUGACCUCUCGUCCUCCAGAGAAGAGCUGCAGGCAGUGGAAAACCCCUUCAAGGCGCUGUGCUGCCUCUUGAUCUACCUCUUUGUGCAGGUGGACACUCUUUGCCUGGAGGAUCUGCAUGCUUUCAUUGCUCAGGCCUUGUGCCUCCAAGGAAAGUCAACGGUGCAGCUUGUGGACCUACAGAAAAUAUAAGAAGAUGGAAUACUUCCCAAUGAGACCAGAUUUACCCUGAUACCAAAACCAGAUAAAUGAAUUACCAAAAAACCACAUCCGGCCAGUGUCCCACAUGAACACAGAUACAGACAUCCUUAACAAAAUGUAGCAGACCAAACCAAGCGGUGUGUAGACAGAAGCGUUCACCAUGGCCAAGUGGGUUGUUUACUGCCGAGAUGCAUGGCUGAUUCAGAAUGCAAAAACCUGUCUGUGCAAUUCCCUCCUAGGCUCGUGAGGAAGAAUCAGCGGCCCUGUCAAGUGUUCAGAAAAAUCAUUUCACAAAAUUCAGUACCACUUGUGACAAAACGUCAAAGAACAAGAGUAGAGGCGCCUUCUUCAGCCUGAUAAGGGUUAGCUGCUCAGUGCCCUGCGGUUGACACCGUGCGAACCAGUGACAGGCCACAGCCCGUCCCCCCGAGGUGGCAGCGACGGCUGGGACCUGGACAUCUGCCCGCACCAUCCCACUCGAGAGCCCAGAGCCUGCAGGUGUGGCCUGUGCACUGAGGCAGGAAAAGGAACUAACAGGCAUUUGGAUCACUGAGGGACAGAAAGACGGUCCCAAUUUGCAGAUGACAUGAUUCUGUACACAGAGAAUCCCAAGGAAUCCAUCAAAAAACUCCUAGAGCUAGUGGGAGUUCAGGUUCAGCAAGAUCUCAGGCUAAAGACCAACAUAGAAACAAACAAAAAAUUGCAUUUCUGUAUACUAAAAUUUAAAAGGUAACACCACUUAAAUUGUUCCAUAAAAAUGAAUUACCAAGGUAUGACCCUAACAGACUCAGUAUCCGUGUGCCGAGAAUUACAAAAUGCUGGUCAAAGAAGUCUGAGGAAGCUCGAGUUUUUGGAGAGGCGGAUGCACCAUGCUCGUGGGCUGCAAGUGUUUGUACCGUGGAGAGGUCCGUUCUCCCCAGCGGAGUCCAGCAAGGUUUUUUGUUACUGACACGACAGGAUUAUUCUAGAAUUCAUACGGAAGAGAACAAAAUAGAGCCAGAGCUGUCCUGGAAAGGAAGAACAGUGUGGGAGGAGUAUCGCUGGUUAACAUGGCUGCUGAUGCGGCUCGCCGUGUCGCUGCACCCGUCAGGACUGCGGAUCGGCCGAGGGUCGGACGCACGGGUCAGGGAACUGAGCAGUGGGACCACGGGGACCACCGCCUGCUUCCGGCGAAGCUGAGGUCUCGGCUGCGGUCCAGCAGUGUGCUGGAGCCGUUGCACAACCACAGACAAAACACAGGGGUUGUGACCUUCACCUGACUAUUCCUGCGAGAGGUCAACUCAAGGAGGACGCCGAGCUACGUGCGACGUGUGCUGCUGUAGACUUCUGGGUGGAAAGUAGAAAACUUCGGAAUCUAGGGCUAGGUAGACAGUUCUAAGGUUUCACAUCAAAAGUGUGAUCCUUAAGAGAAAAAAAGCAGUAAGUUGGACUCCAUCAGAAUUAAAAAAACAUUUGGUCUGUGAAAAGUGAGGAAACGUCAAGCUGCUCAAUGGGAGAAAAUAUGUGUUAACAAGUCCGAUGAAGGUCUUGCAAGUAGAAAACGUAAGGUAGUAAAACCAGUCCACUUAGAAAAUGGGCAAAGACAUAAACAGAUGUUUCACCGGGAAAGAUGUUUGCCUUGCCGCACGCUCAUUACAGCGGCAGCGAGGGGUCGCCGGAUAGCCAGAGCGGCACACCGAUGGCAGCAGGCCCUGCGAGGAGGAUGGGUACUCACGCGCCGGGGGGUCUUGGGGUGGGUGCGUGAGCCCCUGAGGCCCUGAGCACGCACGUACCGCAUGCCUCAGUGUCUCCCCACACAAUGUUUGUCCCACAGACGUGGGGCUUCUGCCCACUCCAGACGCAGCCAUGAGCGUCCCCACAGCUGCACAUGUGAUGGCAGGAGCUGGGAACAAGAACGACGUCUUUAACGAGGCGAACACUCAAAGGCCAGUGGGGCCGGCUGUGAGAGGCAGGGCCCGACACACUCGCUGCAUGUGCGGAUCUUGGGGGGCCAUGCAGGGUGACGAAGCCGGUCCCCACAUGGCCAUGCUCUGAGUGCCAUGCUAGGGAGAUGGAGGAUGGGGCAGGCAGGGCUACCCCUCAGGCUCUGCAUGACGGAGGCUCUGCAUCUGACAGUGGUGGUGGUCAUGCAGAUGACAUCUGUGACAUCACACACAUGUCCACACGUGGGCACAGGCCCAUCUCCUGGUCUGGAUGCUGCACUGUAGCAUGGAGGGUUGAGCACUGUGGGUGAUGAGGGGGCGUCUGUGGGACCUGCGGUACAGCCUCUGCAGCAGCUUGCGAAUCUGUCGCCAUUGCAAAAUAAAAAUCCCAGACCGGCCAUGUACUGCCUCCCAGACACUCCCAAGACGGAGGGGCACCACGUCUCGGGGAGAGGAGGAUAGAGGUGAACUGGGCACUCAUCCUGAGAAACUAGUGUGACAGGAUGAGAAAAAGUGGACUUCGAGUGGGGAUGCUUCCUAGAGAGAUGGUGGUGGUCCGCACCGGGAGCGUGUCAGGACUCUAACUGGGCCAGUUCACCUGGGCAGCUUCAGAAAUACAUGAAAUGGAGACUUAAAGGACGGCAGAGAGAAACGCUCCAGGGGCAGACCUGAGAACCAGGCUCCGCACAAUGUGGCCCUGUGGGCCAGACCCAGCCCACAGCUUGUGCUCGUACCAUCCUGCAAGCUAAGAGUGGUUUUUACGUUUUUGAAGAGCAUUCAACAGAGACUAUACAAGGCCAACAAAGCCUGGCGUACUAACCAUCUUGGCCCUUUACAGAAAAAGUUUAUUGAGUCCUGCUUUAACCCAUUCCUCUGCAGAGCAUGGAACAAACAGAGGGAACACUAAGGGUCAGAGGCCGAGAACACAGUGAACACAGGCCCUCCUGGCCCCACGGGCUCCCAGAGUCGCAGGACACUGCGCUCGGAGAUGGCUGAUGUGGACCGUGCAACCGUCCUGGAGCCCCAGCUGGUCUCAGACCGUUGAGGCCAUCCUGCUUUCUGACAACAGUAGGAAUGAUAGGAAAAUCAACAAUAACACAAAAAUUAAAACUCACAGUCACUUGAAUAUUAAAUAGAAUAUUUCGAACUCAUGUACAAAUAGAAAUCACAGUAGACAUUAUGAAAUAAUUUGGACAACAGUGAAAAUAGUCAUACUGAAAUUAGCAGAUGAAGCCAAAAGCUGUUCUUAGAAGGAAACUUAUAGCAUUAAAGUGAAUAUGUUUGAAAAGGGAGGCCCCGAGCCUGGUGUGAGUAGAUGUCUCUGUAAUUAGAAAUGAACAGAUCAAACCCAAAGAGGACGGUAGGAAGGAGAUAGUAAAGGACCAAGAGUCAGUGACUAAGUGGCCCAUGUGAGGAAGGAGAAGAGGGGCACUGACGGGCGCCAGCGUGGGCGCCUGCGUGGCUGAGUCUGUGAAGUGUCCACUUGGUUUUGGCUUAGAUCAGGGUGAAUGGGGUCAGCUUGAGGUUCUCGCUCUCCCUCUGCCAUAAUCAGGAUAUUGGGAACAACACUAUACCAGUAAAUUUGGGAAGUUGGUAAAAUGAACAAACUCCUUGA